GAGCACGGUGGCCGCCUCCUCUUACCGGGCUGCGGAUGCCGCUGACGGCGAGGAGCUGCCAGGCCGAGUCGGGCCCGCCCGGCGUGCCGUUCUGGCAGCGGGGGUCCCGCUGGCUGCCGGGAGGGCCGACCCUGCCCUGUCCUCCCGCCGCCGCCGCUUUGGCCCGCUGUGUGGCGGCCCCUGCGUGGGCUGACGCCGCGCUGGGCCUUGUCACCCUGCUCAGUUUCGCUUCCCGCUUCUACUGUCUGCCAGAGCCGCCACACGUUUGUUGGGAUGAAACACAUUUUGGGAAGAUGGGAAGUUACUACAUUAAUCGGACCUUCUUCUUUGAUGUCCAUCCUCCUUUGGGGAAGAUGCUGAUUGGACUUGCUGGCUAUCUUAGUGGAUAUGAUGGUACAUUUCCUUUCCAAAAGCCAGGGGACAGAUAUGAACAGCACAGCUAUGUGGGAAUGAGAGGGUUCUGUGCAUUUCUUGGCUCCUGCCUGGUUCCCUUUGCCUACCUCACAGUCCUGGAACUGUCCAAGUCACUGCCUGCAGCCUUACUCACAUCUGUCAUCCUUAUUUUUGAUACGGGCUGUAUUACUUUGUCCCAAUAUAUUCUGCUUGACCCUAUUCUGAUGUUUUUCCUCAUGGGAGCUGUUCUGAGUAUGGUUAAAUGUAACAGCUGUGCAGAUAGGCCGUUUUCCACCUCCUGGUGGUUCUGGCUGAGCCUGACUGGAGUGAACCUUGCUGGAGCAAUGGGGGUGAAGUUUGUAGGCCUUUUUGUAGUCCUACUGGUUGGCCUGAACACAGUCUUCCAUCUUUGGGACUUGCUGGGGAACCUCAGCCUAUCACUGGUCAUGUUUGGAAAGCAUUUACUGGCUCGAGUGCUCUGCCUCAUCCUGCUCCCGCUUGCCCUCUACACAGCUAUGUUUGCAGUUCAUUUUGCAGUUUUAAAUAAAAGUGGGCCUGGGGAUGGUUUCUUCAGUUCUGCCUUUCAGUCCCAGUUGAUUGGGAACAAUCUUCAUAACAUCUCUGUUCCAGAGUACUUGGCGUAUGGUUCUGUGGUCACAAUGAAGAACCUUCGGAUGGCAGGGGGAUACCUUCACUCACACUGGCACCUCUACCCAGAGGGCAUAGGAGCCCGCCAGCAACAGGUCACUGCCUACUUGCAUAAAGAUUUGAAUAACAUGUGGAUUAUAAAGAAACAUGAUUCAAAUACAGCAGAUGUUUUAGAUCCCUCCAGUCCUGUGGAGUUUGUGAGGCAUGGAGAUAUUAUUCGCCUGGAACAUAAAGAAACUUCUAGAAAUCUCCACAGUCACCAGCACGAGGCUCCCCUGACAAGGAAGCAUUUUCAGGUCACUGGCUAUGGAAUAAAUGGAACAGGAGAUUCCAAUGAUUUCUGGAAGAUUGAAGUGGUGGGCAGAAAGACUGGGAAGCUCAUAAAAGUCCUGCGGAGUCAGAUCCGGCUAACUCAUGUAGCCACAGGCUGCAUAUUGGGCUCUUCUGGAAAGACUCUACCAAAAUGGGGCUGGGAACAAGUAGAAGUUACCUGCACGCCAUAUCUGAAGGAGACUCCAAAUUCCCUCUGGAAUGUUGAAGACCAUAUUAACCCUAAGUUGCCCAAUAUCAGCCUGGAUGUUUUGAAGCCCUCUUUUGUAGAAAUUCUGCUAGAAUCCCAUAUGGUUAUGAUCCGGGGAAACAGUGGCCUCAAACCAAAGGACAAUGAAGUUACAUCUAAACCUUGGCACUGGCCUAUCAACUACCAGGGCCUGCGUUUUUCUGGUGUCAAUGAGACAGAUUAUCGAGUUUAUUUGCUGGGAAAUCCGGUGAUUUGGUGGCUGAAUCUCGUCACUAUUGGUUUGUAUCUUCUAAUGGCAAUUUCUGCCACAGUGGCCCUGAAGAGAGGUGUCCAGCUGACAUCUGAACUCAAAGAACUGUCCCAAGUCUUGCUGUGUGGCGGAGGGCAGAUUACACUGGGCUGGCUCCUUCAUUAUCUCCCUUUCUUUAUGAUGGGCCGAGUUCUCUAUUUUCACCACUACUUCCCUGCCAUGCUUUUUUCCAGCAUGUUGACAGGAAUCACCUGGGACACACUACUGAAGUUCUGUACUGGGUUCCUGUCAUCUAGCACUACAGCUAGAAAAGUAUAUGGAGGGGUGAUCCUGGUACUGCUUGUACUCAUCAUAUACAGCUUUUACCUCUUCCAUCCUCUGUCCUACGGCAUGAUAGGACCCAUGGCCUCAGACCCAAGCAGCCCCAUGGCAGGGCUUCAGUGGAUGGACUCCUGGGAGUUCUAAAGGCAGCAAAGGGAGCCUGGAAGCAGAGACAGAAAUGUGAGAUCUGCUGCAUAUCAGGCUGAUUCUGGGGCUUUGAAGACAUGUAACUAUAAAAUGCCUUCUCUGGAGAACUCUGGAUCUAGGAGCCCUGUUGCUUUGGCCUUUGUUUGCAUUGCCUGCUUCGGAAGACGAAGAGGGUGACCACAAGAAGGCUCUCUGAGGAAGACUCAAGUUGUGAAUCUUUAGGUUAUGUUUCUGGGCAGCCAGCUACUUAAAUCUAUUCUUAUGAGCAAUAUGUCAGAACCUGUUACGGUCAAAAAGCAGUGGUUUUCCAGGAGUGAGCCCUGUACAAGUCAUAGGGUGUGUGUUGUCUCAUGUUUACAUGUGUGGAUGUUUAUGUGUGUGUGUUGUCUUUCUGUAAUCCAUUUACCAUUGCAGUUCGAGAGUCAGUGUCUGAGGCAUGGAUAUGUUUUUUUUUUUUUUUUUUUUUAAUCAUGUUUAACAGCCUUUAUAGCAAGUCUCUCUCUCUCUCUCUCUCUCUUUUUUUUUCUUUUUUAUCUAAAAAAAAAAAAAAAAAGCUUCUUCUAAGUAUCUGGGGAUCUCUAUACCACUUUGCCCUGACUGUCUGUCUGCAUUUUUUGUGCUGACCCUCUACUUUCAGAAUUUGACUGAACUGAAAGGGUGUCCACUUGAAAUCUCCCUGAGCCACUGUGCCUUGUCUGUUUCUCAGGCCUUUUGCAGACAGAGGAAGUCGAGGUUGUUUGUUUAUCCCUGUAUAUUGCCUUGCUUUCUGGACACCUUUAAUGGUUUGUAAUGAUUACCCAGCAAGCCUCUACACACAGUUGAACUGUUUUAGCUCAGCGCUCAACAGUUUCGUACAGAACUGCAAAGAAGCUACAAAGGAAAUUAUAAUGGAAGCAGUACGUAAUUUAUUUCCUGCCCCAAUGUACUGUGAAGACUGGUCCCCUUGGGGAUGGGCUAGGAAUUAAAACGCUAACUUGGAAAUUGUACUGACAGCUAUCAUUCACCUUUUAAUCUCAGCUGUUCCAGUGCCAGUAUCUGUACUUUUAGGAGGAAGGCGUCAUCUUAAUGAAUAUGGCAUCUGCAAAACUGGUUGUGGGUGCCACUUGCACACCGUAUUGCUAUACUGAGCAAUUUCCCUGUCAUAGACGGCUGACCACUGAAAUACUACAUUGAAAGAAAUGUGAUACCAGGCAAAUUUCUUCAUGUGUUAGGUGUCAUUGGAUGUUGAAUUCACUCCUCCUUAGAAAGCAGAACACUUUUUGUUGGUUAUUGAUUCCUUUCUCUACUGUUAUGGUUCUUUUUUGGGCCUUUUGAAUGUUCUUUACGUUCAGUCUCCCAUCCUUAAUGCCUGAAUUAUAAUUUGUUGUCACAGUUUACUGUUACUACCUUAUAACAUCCAAAGCAAAUGACACUUAAACUCUAGCUGUGUUUCUGUCUCAACAAGUAAUAUUUUGUGUAGGUAUCAAGGAACUCAAGCCUGUCAUUUCAGAGUCCUUCUCAGGCUUGCAUCAAAAUGAUGUACACAUGUUGCUGGGAGAGCAGCAGGUGAAUGUGUCUGUUCUCAAACACGAAUUGUGCAUUCUUUCUCUUACUGAACCUAGAAUUCUUUGUGCCUUUGCAUUAUCCCCAAGGUGGUUGUCCUGUGUACAGCACUGAGACUCUAAUCAGGCUUGAUUUCAUUCCUUUCUGAUAGAGGAUCCAUUUAAUAGAGGAUUGUUCAGUAAGGCAGCCGCUUGUUAUCGUAAGGUUCUGGCUUGGAGUGUCACAUCUACCUCCAGAUGCUGACUUCUAUAGAAACUAACUCAGAUGGUAUGGAUGUGUGCUUUUGAUUCAAAAGGUUUUGAAUUAAUUACCUGCUGAUAAUUCGUGGUGGGAAGUCAUUAUGCUAACUAGCUACUGGAUUUGAUGAUUCUUUUUCAUUUGCUAUUGCAGAAAGUGUUCCCACCUGCUUGAACCAGGGCUUCACAGAGAUGAUAUAUAGGCAAGAAGGGUGAGGGAGAAGGUUGCAAACUUCUUCAAAUCCUUCUAGGUCUGACAGGAAUUAAAGCAGCAGCUGCAACUUGUUAGCUGUUGGCAAUAUGACAGGCAGACAGUGCUCUGCUGCAUUUGUAGCAAUGAGAUUCGGCUUCUUCUCUUUUUGGUGAGAUUAUCUGCUUAAUGCUGUGCUAUCAUGAAUAUGAGCUUUCCAUACAGUGGCCUCGUUGCUGUGGGAAGGAAUUGCCACAGGGGCUGAUAAGAGACUGACGUGGAUUAAAGGCAUGGAUUUUUCAGCACACGUGAUCACGUUCUUGCCAUAAUCACUAACUGGAAAAGCUAAGAAAUUUGUGAGUGUUUUGAAGUUACAGUUUCUGAAAUUCUUUACUCAUCAACUUAAAAGUGUGGGGAAUUAAAAAUCACCUCAGUAGCCUCAAUUAGUGCAGUGGUUAUGAAAGAAUUAGCUUUGUAGGAGCUACCUGAGGAAGACGAGCCAGUGAAUUCCUUGAUUCAACUUUCUGUGCCCAAACUCAGCUUGUUUCAAUACAAACAAAGGGUUAUUUUAAUUUAGUAUGGACAAUUUUGAAAUCUGCUGUUGAGAGCACUUGGUUAGCAUUGGGGCUAAUUCAUUUUUUAUGUCCUGUAUACUAGUAAUGGGAUGGAGGCAUACACUGGAGAAAAGUCUAGAUAUCCCACAAGAGGAAGCAGCCUCCAGCAGCAUUUCUUUUUUCCAUCUGGAAUUAAGAGUACUGAAAGGUCUAUACUUGAAGACUAGAGGCAGACAUUAAGAGGGCAUGCAUUUCAUCUGCUGCUUCUGGAGUCCAAGGGAUGGAUUUGCAAGGAAGUGUAAACUGAUUUUGCUCUAUUCUUUUUUUCAGUAGAGAAAGCCUGGGAAUUUAUCUUAGCUGAGAAUUUUUCCCUCAAUAUUUGCUUCUCAAAAGAAAUCUGUCAGGUCAUAGCUGAAAACAAAAUAGUAGCCUAUAUUUUAUGAGGCCAGUAAGAUAUAAUAAUGCUGAUUCCCUUACUGACUCUGACACUACAUUAUAUGUCUCAGAGUGGAGCAGGCAUGAAGCAAUUGGAGUAGGGCACUCUUUUUGCUUUCUGAGUGUAAUUUGAGCUGUUUCAGUUCAGUUUUUCCAUUCUCGGUUGUGGAACGAGUUCAGGUUCAUCUUGAGGACUGCUUAUGAAUCCUGUUCCCCAGUCAUGUGGAAAAUAGCUAAUGAUCCUUCCCAAGGCCAGAAGAAGCUGCUCACUAAAGCAGCUGCUCUCUUUGAAUUUUACCUGACAGCGCUCUUUUUAUCACUAGCAAAGUAUUUCAUCAAACUGUGCGUCUAUGGAAUCAAAUUGCAAAAAGCUGCAGGCUUCUAGGUUCCCAUUUCUUUCUUUUCUCCCUUCCCCCCCCCCCCCCCCAUAUAAACUCUGUUUUCAAUUCUUCCGUCUUUGAUAAACGGACAGGAGGGCUCUAGGCACAUCCAAAUUAUCCUAGACAAUCCAUCUAUCUGAAAAGGGUUUUGUUUGCAGUUGCUUCAGGAUACCCGUACACACCUCUUCCUGCAGCAGCAACUGACCUGUUUCCAGGGAGCAGGCUACUUGUGUAUGAGACAGAGGUGUGACUGAGGAGGAUUUAAGUCAUGCUUUCUUUGCCAAGGCUGUCUUUGCUCCAGGUGGAAGAUUUGGUGUGUCAUGCACUGCUCACCAGCAUUAUUCACAAGCCUGUGAGCUGAGAAAGUCACCACCAGACUGGUCUGCAGGGAAUUUUCUUUUUGCAUCUUAAUUGGAUGGGCUUGUUGUUGCACAGAGUGCAUUAAUACCUACCUAUUUAUAUCCCCAUUCUGUUCCUUCCACUUCAAGUACUGCACAAAGUACAGGCAUUUCUUUGCUUCUCUGGUCUUUAGGCUGUGUUUCCAUUUCUUACAAAGUGUGUCUGAAAAGUAGAACUGGAUGUCUUAUAUUAUCCUGAGUGAAUAAGCACCUGUCACGUGCACUGACAGUAAAUCCAGACCCUUGUUACAGAAAGGUAAAAAGAUGUGUUAUUUGAGAGUUUGUAGGGCAGGGGUGUUCUGCAAAUUGUCCAUCCUGCGUACCUCUGGCGAUCAUCUUCAGGGAACUUGAGUAUGAACUCAGUGUGGAAUCACAGAAAUUUACCUGAAGCUCUCCGUCAUUGCUGGGCAUAGUGACUUUCCUUCCAGAGCUAUCUAUGCCUGUGUGACUUAGGGUCCGGGUUGGCACUCUCUGUACAAGUACCAUUAGAACACUAUUUCUUCCUGUCAAGUCCCUACUGGCAACGUGAACAUCUCCAGCACUGGUCCUGCAUCUCCACCCGCUGAAUGUAAGUAAGACUUUUUUUUUUUAUCCCCCCUUUCCAGCAAGUGACCUCUUUACCAUUAGCGCAGUGUGUAUUGUGAAGGAUAAAAUGCGUGGAUUCUUACAACAUCAUAAGACAACUGGGAAGGGAAAUUUGGGGAUAAGAGCAAUACUUCUACGGCAUGCUUGCUCCAUUUAAGGAGCUUGUGGGUUGCAAGCAGUCAGGACUGAAAACUGCUCUUUUUUCCAAGGCACUUACAGCUGGGUUUCAUGGUUGCUUAUGAGUUGCUUUACUACUUAAAUUCCCUCAUGCCCUUUUCAUUGGAUAUAAAGGGCUAUUGAAUGUCACCGAUAAUAAUUAAGAAGAGAAAAUAUUAGUGCUAAAACCGCUCCUGUUGAAUUUGUAUUUGGUCCUAAAACUCUGACAGGUAAAUUUAUUGUGUUUUACAAGGGCAACUGUUAAGAGCCAUACUUCCAAGAGCUGAGCUGUGACUGAAUAGAAGUUCAGAGCAGUGUUGCUGAGAGGAGUUCUUUUGUAAUCCUGUUCUGUAUUCCGAACCUUUCUUACUAAUGCUGCUGAUAACCCUGUCUGUCUGCAUCAGUCCAUGAACUGAUUGUCGUCUUAUUCUUCUGAGGUAUGGUUACUGCACUGCACAGUAAAGAUUGGAGAAUGCUUUCUUGAGCUAUAAUGCAUUUUGUACGGGAACUCAUGGAAAAUGAGGUAGAACUUUGAAUUCUAAUUAGAAUUUUAUUUUGUGAUAAAUAGCUUUUCUUUCAAACACUCUUUGAGUCUAGAUCUUCCCCCCCUUUCUUUUCUUUCUCACCCUCCCUCCCCCAGAAUAGCAACAUGAAGUUUAAAUGGACCCAUUGGAGAGUUUUUAUUUUAUUUAUUUAUUUGCCAGUGGUGAUCUAUACAACAGAAGCCAUGGCCAGCAUCAACUUUAUAUAUAUAAUCAACAAAUAUUGCUGGACUGUAAUUCCAGGAGACAAUGUUUUACUGCAGUGCAAGAGAUGUGUUGGUAAGCACAAUGGGAAAUGAAACUGGUACAUUUGGAUGAGAAUGAAGUACUGUUUGCUGAGGUGGGUUUAAUCUCUUCGCAUUAAAGCUAUGUUAAACUGUA